AUGAUGUACGGAUCGGAGACUUGGGCAGCACCAUCAACGGUUAUAGAGAGGCUUGACUGUACGGAACGAAAGCUGCUUAGACGGCUACUUGGCUACUUUUGGCCUAGGGUAAGUCACAAUGAAGAUCUUUACGCAGAGAACGAUGUGGUAUACCGGCGGAUGACGCGUGGAAGACAUCAACAUCUUGCACCGCCUUCGAAAGUGGCUAAAGUAAAUCGUCUUCGCUUCCUUGGUCAUAUAUUAAGGAGACCGGCAGAUCGCCUUGUUCAACGAGUUCUGAGGAGUUCGUUGGGUUCGAGCUGGAAGAAGCCACCUGGCCGAAAACGGAAGUUCUGGAAUGAGGCGGUGAAAGAGGACCUGAGGACACUCGGCGUGGAUAGGCGGUUCAGGCGAGACAUAUGGUUUCGCAGAGUAUGGAAUAGCGACGAAUGGAUUGAUUCUGUGCAAACUCUCGCAGAAGAUCGAGAAGGUUGGGCAGAGCUGUGUUCAAGGACGGCACACCUCGGCGAAGAUGCGGGUAAUCGCGUCAGGCGAUGA